GAACGCGGAAUAUAAAAAGAAAACACAUAAGCGGACACGAGGCAUAGUGCGAUUGACGAAGAUCAUAGUAGAUAAAAUUAAAGGAAUCAAACGCCAUUUGAGGUUCAAUAGCAGGGGGGGCAAUCAAUCGGGACCCCAAACAGAGAGCUUCAAUGUUAUUUAGGAAUGCAAGCCAAAAGUAUGGUGCCAAUUAACAUUGACAAUUGGCGCGAAGUUCCUAAAUCUAUAUUGGACAGCUUAUGGAAGGAUGUCAAUCUAGCUUUCCACCUAGAUGAGAAUAUGCGAAAAAAUAUUAUUGGCUCAGUGGGUAAUAAGUGGAGACAAUUCAAAUGUAAUUUGAACAAGAAGUUUAUAGUCCCUUACCUUAAUGACCCAUCUCUUUUGGAAGCAAACCCUCGUGGUCUCCAUAAACCUCCACCAAGCUAUCAUAUAGAAGAAACACAUUGGAAAGAAUUUGUCAAGAGAAGGACAUCCAAAGAGUUUCAAGAUUUUAGAAAAUUACAACAAGAAAGGCGUAAUCAUUUACAAUACCCUCAUAGGACUUCACGCCAUAGCUAUACUGAAUUGGAAGCUGAUUUACAAGCUAAGUGGGGCACAACAGAGCAAAUAGAUCGAUCUAUACUUUGGAAGGAGGCCAGAAAAGAUUCUUCUGGCAACUAUGUCACCGAGCGUGACAAGGUCAAGGGAGAGGCCAUCGAAGACAUGCUUGAGCAAAGAAAAGAGGGCAAACUGAUUGAAAUCGGAACAAAUGACAUCCUAACACAAGUGUUAGGUACUGCUGAGCACCCCGGUCGAGUUCGAGGCCAGAGUCGAGGUGUCACACAAAGAGACUACUUUCAUAAGCCUGUUGGGGGGGGGGGGGGUCUAAGAGGCUUGCAGAAAAAACAAAUUGAGUUCGAACGACAAUCCAACAUACGACAUAGGGAAGAGAUUGAAAAGUUGAAAGAAUCGUUCAUGUCCAAGCUUGAAGAAUUAUCAACCAAGAUGGCACAUAUGCAAGCUAACUUUGAUAGUCAUUCUAGCUUUUGCAGCCAUUCUAGAGUCAAUACAAUAGAAGUUGAGGCCCCAAUUGACACUGCUCCAGAAGUUGAGGCACCAAUGGAGACUACUCCAGAUGUUGAGGCACCAAUUGACACUACUCCAGAAGUUGAGGUACUGAUGGACACUACUCCAGGAGUUGAGGCACCUGUUGACACUAGUACUUUAUAUGAGACACCUACACCUUCACCUUCUAUUCAUCCUGAGCCACUAAAGAAAGAUGUUAAGUGCAAAUUAUACAUUGAGCAAGGUGGUGAUGUUGUGGCUCUUGGACGGGUGGUGGCUACCAAAGGCAAUGUAAAUGGGAAAAGUUUAGCACCUGGUAACUAUCGCAUGGUUGUUGAUAGAUGUCUAGAUGGGAGUGCAAAACUACCUGUCUCAGUUGGGGAUGAGAUGACUCUUGUGGUUCAUGCGGUCAACAGUUAUGUUGCUUGGCCAUCGCAUCUGAUCAUUACUUAUGAUCAUGAACAGGGACCCAAGAGACUAAAGAGAAAGAGGAUUUUAGCAGCUUGUCCGCCAACAUAAGACCUAAAA